GUGAAGAUGGAGAGGUUACAGCUGAAGAACAAGUUCAGAUGCUGCUGGAUGCAAAGCUGCAGUGUCUACAGAAGGUCUCCAUGGAUGACCGUGCAGGUGGUGUGUGCCCACCAGAGUGGGAUGGUUUGAUAUGUUGGCCGCAAAGCUUCCCUGGAACUCUGACCAAGACACCCUGCCCCAGAUACAUCUAUGACUUCAACCAUGCAGGCCAUGCCUACAGGAAAUGUGACUCCAAUGGUUCCUGGGUGCUUGCAGAUAGCUUAAACAAGACCUGGGUCAACUACACAGAAUGCAUAAAAUCCCCAGAGGCCAACAAAAAGAGACAGGUCUUUUUUGAACGACUGCAUGUCAUGUACACAGUAGGCUAUGCAGUUUCCUUCAGCUCUCUUCUAGUGGCCAUCUUUAUUAUUGGAUACUUCAGGCGUCUCCACUGCACAAGAAACUAUAUUCACAUGCACCUAUUUGUGUCCUUCAUGCUGCGUGCUGUCAGCAUCUUUGUGAAGGAUCAUGUGGUGCACACCAGCGCUGGACUGCAGGAGUUUGAUGCUGUGCUCAUGAAUAACUUCACUAAAGCAGUAGAUGUAGCACCAGUGGACACCUCACAGUAUAUGGGUUGUAAAGUGACUGUCUUGCUAUUCAUCUAUUUCCUGGCUACAAACUACUACUGGAUUCUGGUGGAAGGCUUGUAUCUGCACAGCCUAAUCUUUAUGGCCUUCUUGUCUGACUCCAAGUACUUGUGGGGCUUCACUUUGAUCGGAUGGGGUGUUCCAGCUCUCUUUGUUGUGGCAUGGGCAGUUGUCAGGGCAACGCUGGCGGAUGCAAGAUGCUGGGAGCUAAGUGCAGGAAACAUCAAAUGGAUCUACCAGGUCCCCAUUCUGACAGCCAUUGGGCUGAACUUUAUCCUGUUUGUGAAUAUUGUGCGGGUGCUUGCGACCAAAAUCCGUGAGACCAACGCAGGCAGAUAUGACACAAGGAAACAGUACAGGAAACUCGCAAAAUCCACACUUGUGUUGGUGUUUGUGUUUGGGGUGCACUACAUAGUGUUUGUUGGAAUGCCGCACACCUUUGAGGGUCUGGGCUGGGAGGUGCGCAUGUAUUUUGAACUGUUCUUCAACUCUUUCCAGGGCUUCUUUGUGUCUAUCAUCUACUGCUACUGUAAUGGAGAGGUUCAGACUGAGAUCAAAAAGACAUGGACGCGGUGGAACCUAGCCUUUGAUUGGAAAGGCCCGGUGGUGUGCGGGAGCUAUCGCUAUGGCUCUGUAUUGACCGGCCUCAACAACAGCACCAGCAGUCAGUCCCAGCUGGCUACAGGAGGCCCAGGCACACGUUCCACCACGCUCUUCUCCAGCCGAGUGUACCGCAGCAGCGGGGGCCCCACCAUCAGCACCCAUGCCACCCUGCCAGGCUAUGUGCUUAAUUCAGAUGCUGACAGCUUGCCACCUUCCAUACCUGAAGAACCAGAGGACAGUGCCAAGCAGGUAGAUGACAUCUUGCUGAAGGAAUCGCUGCCCACGAGGCCCAGCAGCAGCCUGGAAGAUGACGAAGAGACUCUGUAG